AUCUACUGCUUCAGAUGAUUGUUGACGGUCAACCCGAAUGGACGGACAAAAGAAUUCGACUUGAUUUGUAUCUCGCAGAUACAUAAGCUCGUACCUUACUUAGCUCUCUGCUUCACUUUCGAUUGAUACGCGCGAGUGAGUGAUUGCGUGUGUGGUGUGUUGUGCGCGCAUAUUCGGAGGUUGUAACUUGUGUAACUUGAUCUUGCAAAUUUUCGAAUUGAUAAGCAUAGAAAAAAAAAUGAAUAAAUUACCAUCAAUAGCCUUGACAUUGAUGCUUUUAAGUGUUUUCAGUUCCUCGAGUGCCAAAGAUCUUGUGUGUCAGAUAAUCGAAUCGAAUCAUUUGCCAUGUGAGAACCACGAAGUUUUAACUCCCGAUGGUUAUAAACUUAGCUUGCAUCGAAUUCCGCCAAAAAAUACCACCAAUAAUUUGAAGCCGUUUGUUUUGAUGCACGGCUUGAUCGGAUCAGCUGCUGAUUUCGUGCUGGCCGGUCGCGAUCGGAGUCUGGGGUGUAUGCUCCAUGAGCGAGGCUAUGAUGUUUGGUUGCCCAAUGCCCGCGGUACAACGUACUCCAAACGGCAUUCCGAAUUCGAUUCGUCUAUGCCCGACUUUUGGAACUUCACCUGGCACGAAAUCGGCUACUACGAUCUUCCGGCGAUCAUCGAUCAUGUCACCGAGCAGACGGGUCACGAAAAGAUGCACUACGUCGCCCAUUCCCAGGGAUCAACCAUCUUCCUGGUGAUGCUGUCCGAACGGCCUGAAUACAAUGACCGCAUCAUAUCAGCAUCCCUUCUGGCUCCGGUGGCUUUUCUCUCCAACCUCAUGAGCCCACCCCUGCGAAUAAUGGCCGCUGAGAGCGAGAAAAUUGAGGCACUCUUAAAUCACCUGGGAUUACAUGAGCUCUUCCCAUCGACCGCUCUAAAUCAACUUGGCGGACAUUUGCUGUGCGGCAAAGGUGUUCCCACACAAAGCUUGUGCAUUUUGGUAAUGUACUUGUCGGUGGGCUUCAGCGAAUUCGAAAUGGAUAGGGCGCUAUUUCCAAAAAUUUUCGAAACAACUCCAGCUGGUAUUUCGAGGAAGCAAUUUCAACACUUCGGACAACUUAUAAAUUCAGGAAAAUUCCAACAAUUCGACUACAAAUCAAAACAGGAGAACUAUCGACGAUACAAACGGAAGACUCCACCAGAAUACAAUUUACGGAAUGUUCGGGUGCCAUUGAAUUUGUUUUAUGGAAACAAAGACUUUUUAAAUGCUAAGCAGGAUGUCAUUCGACUUACACUUCAAUUGAAGAACACGCCUUUCACCCUCACUGAAAUUCGUGGAUUUAAUCAUAUUGAUCUUCUGUAUUCCACAGAGGCUCCUCGAUACAUCUAUAGAAAAAUAAUAAGUGAUACAAAACGUUAUUACAGUUGAUUAAGAUCAACCAGAUGAACGCGAAAUCAACCAUCGAUCGCAUCCAUUAGCAUUAAUUUUCUCUAAAGGACUGAUUUUCAUUGCACGCUACCUGAUAAGAAUUUAGAGCUUCUAUGUAAGAUAAAUAAAUACUAAGAAUGGGAAUUAUGGAAGUUAAAGAAGAUAUAAAAAAAAACAGUAAUAGAAAACUUCAUAAACCAAAGUGCAUGUACUCGUAUUUUGUUUUUUGUUUAAAGUUUUCCCAUUUAAUAAAUAUAAUUUUAUUUUUCGUAUUCAAUAUCGUUUUACAUUUUUAAACCUAGUGAAUAAGGUUUUGUUUUUUUUUUUAAAUUUUAAUUGUUUGUAGAUUACAAUUAGACAUACAUUUAUA